CAAUUCUUAUCAAUUGAUACGUUUACAGUAAACUUUUCAACGCUAGAAAAAUGCUGACUCCAAGAUCUUUCACACUGCUGCUCAUUGGCUUGGUGGUAUCCAUGUUCUUAAUCGUGGAUGUGAGUGGAGUAUUUCCAGCUGCACCCAAACGAGAUUCGCCAAAAACCUAUGGCUCACCUGUUAUGAUGAACCCGGAUUCUAAGACUGUAAAAGCAGGAGCAAAUGCUCCAGCGCCGGCAAAAGCUCCAGCGCCGGCAAAAGCUCCUGCGCCGGCAAAAGCUGCGCAGAAGUCAUUUGUAAAAAGCCAAGUCGAAAGAAUCAAUAGUGGUAUCGCACAGAAUAAAGGCUCUGCGUCUGCGACUAAUGGCAAUCAAAAUGAAUCAGAUAAACCAUAUGGCAAACCUGUUAUGGUGAGUCGGAAAGCAUGA